AUGGAGAAUCGCUUCAAAUUACAGAUCUCGAAGCUCCUCCAAUCGACCUUAAAUUCCUGCCGGCCGAAAAACAACUCCGACGUCUCCGACCACCACUUGUUCUUCCUCAAAAACCCCCAUCACCGCCGUCUCAUCGACCUUUUCUCACCAAAACCUCAACCACCAUCAUCUUCUCAACCCAAACUCCAUCUUAACCGGCUAGGAACCACCCCUUUUCCGGCAUACACAGAUCGCCGGAGACCACAAUCCAUUUCCCCUCCGUUUCACGAAAAACCCACCAAAAGAGACCGGAAAAAGAAACCCCAUUACCGGAAAAGAAGAAACAAUCCGAGUUUCUCAUCGAUUACAGACAAUUAUUACUACAAUUGGUGGAGUAGCGAUGAAGAUAAUCAAAGCGACGGUAAAACCACUUUGUUUUCCCGGCGAUCGGUUUCUUCUGAUUCAUUUGAAUCCAUUCGAAAAAAUAGAACCAGAAGAAUCGCCGCCGCAGCCGGCGGUGGUGGUGGGUGUAGAGAUACGGAGGUGGUGGCGAUGGAUGGUUUCGCGGUGGCGAAAGAAUCGAAGGAUCCACAUGAAGAUUUCAGGUCAUCAAUGGUGGAUAUGAUUGUGGAAAAGGGGAUUUUUGGGGUUGAAGAACUUGAAAAUUUGGUGGAAUGCUUUCUGUCAUUGAAUUCUGAAGAACAUCACAAGGUGAUUUUUGAAGUUUUUGCAGAGAUUUGGGAGACUUUGAUUUCAGAUUUGGGGAAAAAAGAAUGAUUUUUUUUUGAAUGAUUUUGUGUUAGUUGUUUCGGUUGUAAGUUGUAAAUUGAUUAUCGGUGUUUAUGAAAAUAUGAAAGAUAUUAUCGU